AGCCUGGAGUAAGUAGACUCGCUCGCGUUUGCGCAAGGGCUAGCGUUUGUCCCAUAACAAAAUGGACACCGUUUGUUGUUUGUUUAAUGAGCUAGAAACGUGCGUGAAUUGGAAAAUGUGAUUUUCCUGGACUCCCUCGCGUUCUAAUCCCGUACAGUUUCAUUUACAAGUGACUGUAUAUUCGUUUAUGUGAGUUGUCACAGAGUGUAACGCUACAAGGAUGGCCGAAGAGGAAGACGAGCUCCUGAAUGAGAUCGCCGCUCAGCCCCACGCCGCCUCUCCGGCCGGACAAAUGAUCCUCCGAAUGCACCGACAUCUCAAAAAACCAACCAUCGAAGCCCCGCUGGCCGAGGAGAUGCUCACCUAUUUGAACUAUUUGCGAGAGUCCCAGGUCUUUCUGAACAAUGGCAUCAUGAAUUUUAGCUUUGCUGAGGGCGCUUUGCUUAUACAAAUAGCAGCACAGCUUUACAGCAGGAAGGUUGACUUGCUCUGGAAGUCAGUGAUUGAGUACCAUGAACACAUGGCCAAUUAUGAGGAACCAACUGAAGACAAUGCCAGGGAAAUGGAGAGAAUACAAGAGAGGAAAAACAGAUAUUCAAGGAAGAAGAAAGUUCCUGAAGUCCUUCCUGAAGCAGCUGAAAAUUUGCCACAACCACUUGUUCUCAAUGGUUUACAAACACUUAGGCAAUAUCCUCCACAGACAUCAGAAAAUCAACAACUGGAUGAAGUACAACUACCAGAUCAAGUACCACAAGAACCAGAACCCAUAGUACAAGCUAAUGAAGAAGCACCUGUAAUAGUUGCAGAGCCUACACCUCAGGAAGAACAGGAGGAAAACAAUGUUAAUUUACCACAACCUGAAGAUGUUGCUGAGGUGGUGCCAUUGGAUCCUGAAGUACAAAUUAAGCAGGAGAUGCAGGAGUACAUAGACAAGGCAUACAGCAUGUGUCCAAAGGAGGUUCAUGCUAACCUCUUUCAAAAUCUUGCCAGUCUGGUAUAUGAUGUUAUUGUUCUCGACGACGAUACUACGGUCAUCGUCACAUCGACUCCGCGGAAAACCGUCGAUUCGCAUAGCGACGUAGAAUCUGGUUUCUUUGAUCACAGCGAUAUUGAAUCGGUUGUGCCCAACGGAGAUAACAGAACGACGCCAAUAACACCGAUGCUCUUUUCUCCCGUACCGGAUGAGUACUAUGCUGAAGACAGAACGACUGUUGAUUAUCCCGAAUUGGCAGAAGAGGAACAGAAGAACACAUCUGAAGAGCAAAUCAUUGAAUUGGAAACAUCAGCACAAGACGACUCAGGAAUAUUCGGAGAUAAUAAUGUUACUGUGGAGGAGGUUGUGUCUAGAGCUUGCAGGAAGAGAACUUCAAUUAUUCCUGUAUUUUCCGAGAUAAAGAUACCGAAACGUAGGAAGGUGCUGUGCAAGAAAUCUCUGACUGUUAACUUGAAGUCAUUUGAAUCGUUCUUUUCUAAGACUUAUCAGGCAGAGAGCGGCGAGGGAGAUCCGCCGCCGUUUGUAGAUGAUUCAGACUCUGUUUCGGAUUCUGAUAUUUUUGUAAUAAUUGACGACGACGAUGAUGGUGAUGAUCACAAUAAUAUCCACGAGGUAAGGGAAGUGACGAUCAAGGAGGAAUCUAGCGACGAGGCACCAGCUUUGAUGGAGUGCACCGAUGAGCAGACAAUAGAGUCGGAGAAGAAUGAUGAUUUGGAGUGUAUGAAGAUUAAUUUCGAUUUGAGGAUAGCUGAAUUGGAGAAGGCUCGCGUGGAACAGAAUAAGAUAAUGCAGGAGGAAGCUAGGACGGCCGAGGAACAGGCGAAGAAGUACCGCGAAUGGAGCGAAUUCAUCAAUGAGAAGAUUGGCGAAGAGCAGGAGAACGAUUUCGAUAUUCAUGCGGAGGGAUCGAAGAUUAUUGAAAGUAUCGGCGAGGUAGGCGAUGUGAAAAAAUUCGCUGAGCUGGCGGACGGGAAUUCGCCUCGGGACGUAUGCUGUUCCUUUAUAGCCAUGUUGGAAUUGGUAAAUAAAUGCAACGUAGAGUUGGACGGCACAAAUCCGGGCGGUUUAGCCAACGACACAUUAAAGCUUAAGUUAGUUUCCAAAGAUAGACAUCACGAAUCUCUGUUGGGGUAUAAUGCCCCCUCAGAGUUAAGCUACAGGGAGAACUUGGCCAACGUUGCCAGGUCCAGGUUCCAAUUUCAACACACGCGCCCUCUCGACUUGCCCAGCACCAGUACUGGGUAUCAGGCCAAGAGACCCAGGUAUUAAUAUUUAAUUGCUAAACAAACUAGGUGUCAUUCAGUUACAUAAGCUUCUCAGAUCUCAAAGUAUUCGUACAAAUAUCAAGAAGAAAAAGAAACACCAGUCACUAUUACUUAUUUCAUCUGAUGCAAUACAUUUAUUGUUGCGAUAGCGAAAAGUAAAUCAUUAUUUUUUUUAAAGUAAGCCAGAUUUGUACAGUAUUUAUGAAUGAUGCAAUUCCCCCAUCGCCUUAUUUAAAAAGAAGCGAAUAGAUUUUAUUGAAAUUUCAUAUAAUUUCUCAAUGAAUUGAGUAUAAUUUUAGAUUAAAUUUAAUUUUCAAAUAUAUUUCGUUCGUCAAAUAUUGCAUUGUAAAUGCUACGAUUCGAACGAUUAUAAAGUAUUUUUGGUACGCGCUGAGGGUAAGUAAAGAUAAUUAAUUUCUGUGAUUUGUUCUUUUACAAUAAUUGUCUAAUAGUACUAGAUAAGGGUCUUAAAUUAAUUUAUGAAUGUGUUCUUUGAUCCGACGGUGGUAAAACUAUUGAUUGAUUUCUUUUAAUUCUAAUGCAACACAACAAUUGAUGUAACGAUUAAUAAUCGAUUAGCU